CGAAGGGGUGCACAAGGAAAGGAACAAAAUAAAUUUUUAUCUGUCAAAAAAAUAUUCAUAUGGAACUUUUCGCAGUUUCUUCCAUGGCAAUUAUGAAUUUACACGAAUAUUAUGUGAAAAUUAAUUGAAAAAUCAUUUAAAAUAUCCGCAUUGAAUUUAAUGUGAAAAACAGAGGAAAAAUAACAUAAACAAAAAGAAUGAUAAAUGAAGUGGAUGAAACGAUACAAAGAUAGUAUUUUCAUGUCAUUUUUUAAAUGAACUAGUUGUGAAAAUGAUGUUUCUAAAUGAGGAAACUAAAAAAUAUUUAAAAUUUUAUUAUGAAAAGAUAAAAGAGAAACAACAAUCGAAAAUGGACAGUGAUACAGAACGAUCGUAUUUAUCGAAUUUACCUGUUGAAAUUUUACAACAUAUAUUUAAGUAUUUUAAUUUACAAGACUUAUGUAGAAUAUCUCAAACUUGCACACGCUUACAUUCAAUUGUUGAUGCUGAACUAAAUCGAUUGUUUAAAAUGAAAAAAAACUUUUUACCAAUUGUUACAAAUCAAAUAAAGCACAGUAUUCGUGAAAGAUCUUCGAAAAUAAUAGAACCAAUUUAUGAAAAAUUACGUAUAUCACAUAAUUGGCGGAUAGGAAAAUAUAAGGAAAAAGUCUUAUUAAAAACAACAAUUACAAAUAUGCCUUGGUUACAUUUAGAAAAGAAAUAUUUAUGGGUGAGUCAAGGAUGUACAAUAACACGAUAUAAAAGGGAUUCUUUUGGUUUUGAUUGGUUGAAAAAAGGUCCAGAAUUAAUACAAAAAGAUGGUGAUAUGUGUCGAUUUGCUAUUAAAGAUGAUCUACUUUUAACAGGCUCUAGUUCAGGUUCAAUAUCUAUGUGGAAUUUAAAAGAUCCAAAAUUUUCAUCGAUACAUGGAAAAAAUAAUCAUAGUUCCGAAGUAAAUACUGUUGAUAUUGGUCCAUAUACAUUAGCAUCCGGUACACGAAAUCACAUAUUAAAUAUGUGGCCAUGGCCUAAAUUAGACAGUGUUAAUAAUUCUGUAAUAUAUCCAAUUGGUACCUAUGUUCUGCGAGAUAGAAUAUGGUCGUUAAAAUACAAUAAAAGUGGAUCGUUAGCUAUUGGGACUGGUGGUAUUUAUGAAACUGCCCUCUUAAUUAUGGACGUACAAAGCGAAGAAUUAAAACUAUUUGGAUCCGGUUUAAUGAAACCAGGUGCUGGUAUAUUAGAUAUGCAUUGGUUAGAUGAGAAUUGUUUAUUUACAUGUGGCUAUGAUAGUUAUGUACAUUUAUGGGAUAAACGUGUUGGUACUUAUGUAACCAGUUGGUUGGAGCCACAUAAUUCCGUACUAUAUUGUAUACAAACUGAUGAUUUAUAUACGAUUAUGUGUGGGACACAACGCCAUGGUAAAAUUACGUUAUGGGAUCAACGUCAACGAAGUUCAAUUCAAAUGUAUUAUUUAUCAACUUACCAUAAACAGAGUUCGCCAGUAUUUAGUUUGGCAUUCGAUGGUACUUUAUUAUAUGGAGCUUUAGAUCGAUCAAUUAACGUUUUAGACUUUUCUGGAAGACAAAAUCGAAUAAGAAAUUAUAGCUAUUUUGUAUAAUAAAAAUUAAGUGAGAAUAUGAAAGUUAAAUGGAAUUUUUCUUUAUUCUCACAAAACUUUCCAACGUUUUAUUGUACACUUACACACGUACACAUGUAAUAUAAUUUUCUCAUUAUGAAUAAAAUUCGUCCAAUAAUUUUAGGAGAACUAAAAGAUGUAUUUUUCUAUAAAUAAUUAUAUUAAUUUUUGUUUGUUUGAAUA